AUGUGACCACGUUGCCAUGGCAGCGCAUUUUGUUUACAUGUAGUCUGAAUAUGACUUCGCCGCUAAGAUAGAGAAAAGGUUUAGCUAAGAUUUAGCCGCUGGUUACCGUCAAUACCGACUUCUGUCAGCCUGCGCGAUAUUUCACGAUGCCACCCAAAGCUAAAAGCCAGAAGGCGCGGAAGGGAAAGUCGUCCUCUGUGGUGGACGUUCUUUCAACGGAGGAGAUGUCCAAGGACCAGCUGGAGAAGCACAUCGUUCGCCUCCGAGAGGAGCUGGACAGGGAGCGGGAGGAGAAGAGCUACUUCCAGCUGGAGAGGGAUAAGAUCCGGGCCAUCUGGGACAUCUCCAAGAGGAAUCUGGAGGAGGUGAAGGCUGAGCAGAGGAACCGAUGCAGGGAGAGAGAGGAGGCCAAGGAGCGCCACCGAGUGGAGAUCACUGUGAACAAGCACAAGCUGAAGCACGUCCUCUCUGAACAUCACAACACUAUCUCCGAGCUGAAAAUAGAUAGCGCCGCCUCAUCCGCGCUGAUCCAAAACCAGUACACAGAGUCCGAGCUCAGGUUUCGGAGGGAUGUGCACGGCAUGCAGGAGGACUUCAGAGAGAAGAGGCGCCAGAACGAGAACUGCAUGAAGGAGCUCAAACUGAAGCACCAGGUGGAGCUGAUGGAGCUGGUCAACGAAUACGACCGGAGGGUCCGAGAAGUGCAGGUGAUGUAUCACAAGAAGAUGUUGGCGGCACAAGAGGUGGAGGCCAAGAAGCGGGCGGCGGAGGUCAGCGAGCUGGAUAAACGGAUGAGAAGCUACACUGCAGAUCUGAUUAAGAAGCACGACCGAGCUGUGAGAGGCGCUGAGGAGUACUACUACUCUGUAACUCACGCACGAGUGCUGAAGGAGCAGAGCGAUCUGAAGGAGAAGCUGUUGAAAUUUCAAGCAAACCAUGGGGUCUCGACGGCUCAGCGGAAGUACUGGCAUCUGAGAGAGUCUCUGCAGAAGGCUGAGCAACAGCUGCUCGAGCUCCAGAAGCAGCUCAAGGAGUACAACACGGCCAAGGCCCAGAGGGCAGCGGCCCAAGCUUAUGUGAAGGUCAUUGAGAAGGACCUAAGAGACGUGACGGUGCAGCACGAGCUGCUGCUGCAGGCCUUCCAGAAGGUGCAGCUGGAGCGUGACGAGCUUCUGCAGAGGCAGACGGAGGCCAUCGUGGCCAUGCAGCAGAGGAGUGGGCUGAAGGAGCUGCUGCUGCAGAGGAAGCUGGCCACUGUCACUGAGGCUCUGGAGAAGGAGGAGGCUCGGCUGUGCACCGCGCUAUCCACCUCUAACAUUGAGCCAACAGCCAGCAGCAGCGCCACAAACACACUCCAGGGACUCCUGGCGUCGAAACACGUCACCAUCAGCGCCUUACAGGACGACGUGGCUCGAGAGUCCAAGGAGUACGAGGACCUGCUGCGCACCUGUGGACAGGCCCCGAGGGUCCCGCGGCACAACCUCGCCUCCCCUUACAAGGGGUUAACAACCUCACCUUCAGGUCCACAGAGCUGA